UUGAAAAAUUACGUGAAAUAGUAUCACAUUUUUGUGAUGAAAUGAAUAAAGGAUUAGAAAAUAAUGGAAUGACCGUUGCUAUGAUACCUAGUUUUGUUACCGGUUCAUUAACUGGUAAAGAAAUUGGUACAUCUUUAGCACUUGAUUUGGGUGGAACUAACUUAAGGAUUUGUCAAAUUGAUUUUAAAAAGGAAGGAAAGCAUCGUAUAAAGCAACAAAAAUACAAAAUGUCAGAGAAUCUUAAAAGAUCCGAGGCAUGCAAAUUAUUUGAAUUUAUAGCUGAUUGUGUUGAUAAAUUUUUAUCAGAAGAAUUUGACAGUGAUUUAAGUAUGGGAGAAAAAUUAAAGUUAGGAUUUACAUUUAGUUUCCCAGUUGAACAGACAGCCAUCAACAAAGGCAAGCUAUUACACUGGACAAAAGGUUUUGAUUGUCCAGGCGCUGUUGGCAAUGAUGUAGUAUUUAUGUUACAAGAAUCUUUGAAUUUUAAAGGUGUUCCUGUUGAAGUUGUUGCUUUAAUCAAUGACACUGUAGGUACUUUAUUAGCACAUAGUUAUGAACAUCCUAAUACUCUUCUUGGUGUUAUCUUUGGUACUGGAACUAAUGGUGCUUUUUUAGAAAAAAUUUCCAAUAUUAAAAAAUUAAAAGACUUUACUGACACUGAAGAAAAAAUGAUUGUUAAUAUAGAAUGGGGUGCUUUUGAUAAUGAGAUGUAG